UGCAGUACAUAUCCUGGCUUUCCUUCACAGCUCUGUUAGCCUGCUACGCUCUACACAACUGUUCCUCGCUCUGAGACACACCAAGGCUCUCACACACACACACUUACAGUGUCAUCUCACAGAGACACAACCGCGCACACACACAAACACACGCACACAUCUCCUGGAGCUCCUGCAGAACCAGAGGAAGAGAAAAGAGGUUGGAAGAAAUUUGGCCUCAAGUCCUGCAGCCGCCUUCAAACUGCUGGGAUGAGGUGGUGGCUGGUGGUGGCCAGUGUGUGGCUCCUGGUGGCCUUGAACAUCCCUGACACCCAGGCCAGGAACAGACCUCGCAAGGAUGGCGAGAUCCGCCGGGGGAAGAGGAAGAGGGAUGGACAGGGUCAUGGGGAGGCCAGAGCCGGACGCUCCAGACCUCUGAAGAUCAGACUGGUCCCGGGUCCCACUGUCCCAGUAGAACCAGGAGACAACCAAGGACACUCUCUGCUCCUGAAGUCCUACAAGAACAUUCAGGAGCAGCACUCCAGCUACAACAUUAUCCCAGGUAAGCAGGGCCAAUGUGUGUACCAGGGUCUGACCAUGUUCGACCAGGCCGUCUGGUCUCCGAAGCCGUGUGUGACUUGUCUGUGCACCGGCGGGCGGGUGGUUUGUGACGAGAUCACCUGUCCCACAAUGCACUGCCACUUCCCCUUCACCCCUGCUGGGGAGUGCUGCCCCGUCUGCAUGGAGCCAGACCCUGACCUCAGCCUUGACCUUUCUGGUGACUCUCCAGUUCCCAGUGACCGCAGCGAGCCGGUGACCCCGCUGACCCAGGAGGAGAUCCAGCGAAUCCUCUGGCGAGAGGAAGAGGAGCACCGCGAGGAGGAGGAGCGCCUGAGGAAGAAGGACGAGGCGAGGAAGAAGAGGAGGAAGCUGAGGAAGGAGCAGGAAGAGAAACAGAGAAAGAUAGUGGAGGAGAGGAGGAGGAAGGAGGAGGAGACCCUGAGGUUGCAGGUGGAGAAGGAGGAGGAGGAGUGGAGAAAGCAGAUAGAGGAGAUGAAGAGGCAGGAGGACGAGAGGCGGAGACAGGAGGAAGAAGACAGGAAGCAGAAGGAGGAAGCAGAGAGAGAAGCAAGGGAGAAGGAAAGGAAGCUAGAGGAGGAGAGGAGGAAGCAGGAGGAGAUCCUGAGGAAGGAACUUCUGGCUCUGGUGGAGGAGGAGGAAGAGGGGCACCAGGAGGAGUUAGAGGAGUACCACGAGGAGGCAGAAGAGACCCAGGAGGAGGCAGAGGAGCACCUGGAGGAGGCAGAGGAACACCUGGAGGAGGCAGAGGAGCAUCUGGAGGAGGCAGAGGAGGAGGUGUGGCUGAGAGGAGACGUUUUUCAGAUGCCCCCGAAAGAACCAGAAGAACCAGAUCUCAUCCCCGCUCCAAUCCCAAGACCCCCUGCUGCGACAGAGGACGAGCUGAAGGAAGUGGAGGCAGUGGAGGAGGAGGAGGAGGAGGAGGAGGAAGGGGAGGAGAGGGAGGUGGUAGUGCUAACGAACAGAGGAAGCCUCCCUCCAGGCUGCGUCAUUUCUGAUGUCACUGUGACAUGUGAGAACGCCAAACUCUUCCACUUCCCUCCUCUGUCCAUACCUGAGCUCAAAUCUCUGAGUCUGGAGGGUAACAACAUCAGCAGCAUCCCAGCAGGAGCCUUUAAUGGCAUCCCCAACCUGGAAUGGAUCAACCUGAAGAAAAACAAACUCACCUCUGCCGGCAUCGAUGCCAAAGCCUUCAAAGGUCUGAAGAUGCUGAGACGUCUCUACCUGGACGGGAACCUUCUGGAAGCCGUGCCCUCUGACCUCCCCCCAACCCUGCAAGAGCUGAAGGUCAAUGAGAACACACUGAGGGGGAUGGAUGAAAACAGCUUCCAAGAUCUGAGCAGCCUGGUGAUUCUGGAGCUGGAAGGAAAUCUGUUGAGUGAGGGGAAUGUGGAUCCUCUCGCCUUCAGUUCGCUAAACCAGCUCUCCUACCUCAGACUGGGCAGAAACCACUUCCGCACCAUACCACAGGGCCUUCCCGCUUCACUGCUGGAGCUGUACUUGGAGAACAACCUGAUUGAGGAAAUCUCAGAGACAGUUUUCAACCAGACCAGAAGUCUAAACGUGGUUUCUCUGAGACACAACCGGCUGGAUGAGACCAGAAUCGCCCCGAUGGCUUGGAUCAACCACAGAAAUCUCGAGUCCAUCGAUCUUUCACAUAACCACCUUUACCUGGUUCCGUCCUACUUGCCCAGAUCGCUUAUCCAUCUAGUGCUGGUGGGAAACAACAUCGAGAGGAUACCUGGCUACGUCUUUGCCCACAUGGACCCCGGUUUGGAGUAUCUCUACCUCUCCUACAACAAACUGGAUGGAGAAGGGAUCGAACCCGAGUCCUUCUUCGGCUCAUAUAACUCCAUGGUGGAGCUGUGUCUGGAUCACAACCAGCUCAUCACUGUGCCGUCAGGCAUCAACGAGAUGACCAACGUACACUUUCUCAGACUCAACAAUAACAGGAUCAGGAGUAUCCCUGACGAAAGCAUCUGUGACCCGAACCACAACGGAGACUCCACUCUGGUGGCACUGAGGCUGGAAAACAACUACAUCGACCCCCAGAAUGUCUCACCGACAGCCUUCUCCUGUGUACGCGCCUCCUCAAGUGUGGUCUUAAAGCCUCAGCAGAGUGACGUCCGGAGUCCACACAAAACCAAACACUAAAAGACAUUUAUUUGUAAACCCUGAAACAAAGGGAUGAAUAUAUUGGAUUUUUAGGACGUUAAAUUCCAAGAUAAAUGUCCUUCAUUAGCUUCCACAGUUGCUGCAUGUUACUGAAAUAAGAAUAAUAAGAAAAUGACCCUCAAAAAGCCUCUCACAUUGAAGUCUGAUGUACAGACUGAACAUGGAAAUGUUAUUGUAAUUUGGCUUGUCUCUAUUGUCCUCUCUUUUUCUUGGACUAAAUCCUAACAAGCUGCAUAAGAGUAAGAUUUUCUUCUCGUCUGGCUCUCAAAUGUUUUUCGGGUCUGGUAAGUUUUCACCUGAACCAACUUAAAUGAAGGAAGGUGACAGAACAUGGUCUGACUUAAAACACAUCUGUCUCCUUUUGUUGAAUGUGAAACUCUCUAAAAUGGAAAGAAUCCCUGCGCCAUACACAGUAAAAUGAAAAUGCUAAUAAAGAAAUGGAAAGAAUUCUAUGAAGUUAUCCCACAACCCCAACACAUUAUUUUUAACAACCUCAGCACCUUCAUGUUCCAUGUCUCUGCUACAGAGUGAGUAGUAAAACUGCAUGUGUGACACAUCCUUCAGGCUCAUAGUGUUUAUGAUUCAGAGAAGUUUGAAGGAUUAAGUUCAAGUGAGCGCUGCUGGAGAGAUAAUCUGACGGAUGAAGACAUGGAAUUUAUUGGGAGUUUCCAUAUGUUGUAGGUUUUAAUUAAUAGUUUAGCUUCAGAUUUCACAUGUUGACGGCACGCUGCAAUACCAAAUGCAUAUAUUGUCUGUAAUUUGGCCAUUUUGUGCUUUAAGUAUAUACCCAGCAACAGCUGUUUCAUUUCAGUCUGUUAUACAUCCUCUGUUUGGCCUUGUCUUUACUCAAGGACAGUAGAGUAUUGUUUGAGUUUCUGAUACCAGUACUAAAUCAGUACCUGCUCCUAAACUGCAGACUGCAGAUGAUGAGAACAGGUUUUUAUUACUAAUGCAAAUUGGAACUGUUGAAAGUAUACUUAACUAAAAUAUACACAUUUCUAUAUAGGGAAAACUCUUCAUAAAUGUUAAAAUUAACAUUAAUUCACACUACAUAGUCACAUAAUAAAUAAAACCUAACUACACUAAAUAACAGUUUCAGGGCUGAAUAUAACUCAAAUACCCAUCAGCUCCAAACUGUCUUCCUGACACCAGGACCUCCCUUUACACAGAAACGUUUUCAAACACGUCUUGGUGUUGGAAUCACGUGGUUUCAUCUUGUGUUGAAUGUCGUGAUGAGCAGAGCUUUGCUCUAGAGCUUAGUGUGGAUUAUGUGCUCUGAAGAGACAAUCAAUCAAACGCCUUUGACCUUCAGUUGUCUGUAAGAACUCAGAAAAGAGUUGAGCUGUGGGGGGACCACUGGUUCCAGAGGGCUUUACCUCACUGUAAAGUUUCCACUUCAGGGUUUUUAUUUUCAGUGUUCCUCAGCACAGAAACACAAGAAUCUCCUGGGUGGUUGAACCAUACUUUAACUAUAACAUACCAUAGCUCGAUGUUCAUCCUUCAAACAUGAACCUUUGUAACUGAGCUGCAGUGUAGUAACAAGAAGACGAGAGCUUUGACAGUGAAUAAAAGAGUAAAUCCUUAAUGUGUGUGCAGGGCAGAUGUGGUUUAAAUUCUCUUAUGGUCCUAACUUUGCUUUGCGUAAAUAUGUUUUGAAUUAUUACAAAAAGCACAACUGUUUCAAUGAUAUGCCCUUCCCCAUGCUCUUGGCCAACAUGUCUUAAUUACAACAACCUUUGUGAAAUGUCAAUGAUCAUUUAUAACAGUUUCAACAAUGUUAUAAUGUACAAUAAACAUCACAAUGUACCAGAACUGCCUGAUUCUCAAAAACAUGUGAAUAAAAACCAC